AUGACCAGAACCAAGAACAAUCCAGCACCACAAGCUACCCGUACGACUGCGAAAACACAGGUGGAUGCCCAGGACAUUGCUGCGGGCGACUACCAGGGCAAGAAAAAUGAGGACCUCGUUGGAGAGCUCGGGAGACGUGGUGUGCCCAGGCCAGCGAAGAUCAACAAGGCCAAUCUCAUCGAAGCUCUCGAGCAAGAUGAUAAGAAGAACUCCAGCGCUCCACAACAGACCAAGAGCGGAGCACGAGUGAGCAAGUCCUCAGCGGCAAAAUCCACUGCUAGACCCGCACACUUCCGGACCAUACCUCGCAUCGAUCCCGUGAGGCUCAGACUAUUGCAGGGUCAGGUGAUGGACAUCGCUGGCUGGUUGUCGGCCGAAGAGGACGAUCGUCUUGACAGCAUCAUCAAUAUACUGGGCCGUGCUGACAGAGAGUUGGAUCGCCUAGCGCUGACCUAUCCACCACUAAAAGCCUUCCCAAAAAGGCGAACAUCGUCAGCCGGAGAUCCUGGUCGUCGUCUGCCUCUUACUGGUGGUGCUCGCUAUGGCUCUGUUGACCUGGACGCGCCUUCACCACCGAGACGUUCAAGUCUGAGGAUACAGGCUGGGCGAUUUGGCUCUGUGGGUGCCGAUCCGUUGAGUAACUCGCCUGUGAUACCGCCUCGAAGCAUUGAGGAAGUCGAUGAUGAGGGAGAAGCGCCGACAGGAGAAGGAGAGGAGGAAGAAGUAGAUGGGCCGGAGGAGGAUGAUCAGGAAGAGCAGGAGAUCAUUUCUAUUCCCAGUAACGAUAAGUUCGAUGACGAAGAUCUCGACGAGCUCUACGAGUUGAUUGAGACCUGA